AUCUCAUCUCUUGCAGAAAUAAUGGAUCUUCACAAUGAGAAAGGUAACCAGGAGAUCGGCAUUGCUGCAACAAAUGCUUCAGUCUCGACAGAAUUUAAUUCCGAUGGCUCGAUGAUUCAAGAAGCACAAGAUAUCUCCAACAAUGUCGAAAUUACGACAACCAGCAACCAUGCAGGAGUUGUAGAGAUUACUCACACGCCUCCUGUUGGUGGCCACAACCAAUGGCAAUUGCCAUUAUUGCCUCCGACUUCUUCUCUAACCACAUUGCCAACCAUGACACAAUCACAAGACCAGGAAGGUAAUCCUUCAUCGCCAACGCAGCCCAAGGAAGAUCUACAGCCCUUGACGCCAAAGCCAUUAGCAGUGAAACCAGCUUAUAAGAAACGUAUCGUUGUCCCUGCUUCGAGAGCAGACGGCAUUAUACGGAGGAGUGGCGCAUUGGCCGCCACUGAAAAACAAAUGAAUAAUCGGAAUGCUCUUGGCAGACGAGACAAGUCCGUUAAGAGUAUCUAUGAUAAAUCAUGCUCUAGGGCGCCGUCAUCCAGAAAUCGUAUCACCAUGCUCAAGACAACCAAAAAGGACACGUCACUGAAGCCAAAAAGGUCGCCUAUAAUGUGGAAGCCUACAUCACCUUCUGGUAGGCGAUUAAAAACAUAUGGGCUUGCCCAAGCAACUAUCCGAGAGGAGGACAUUGAAAUGCUUAUCAAGAAUCAGGAAAUGCAUACACAAAGGAUAGCGCAACUAGCUAUGCGUCCACUACCUGUUCGGGACCUGCAAACAUUACUUCAAACGGAACUUGAACAGGAGGCAAAAACAUUAGAAGCACUUGGGACCGCAUUGCACAAAGAGAUUUUGAAGCUUCAGCUGGAAGAGGGAGUUCUUGUGAACAUGCUAGAGCUCACGAAAACGGGGAUACUGGAUGAUGCUGACUUGGAGCUAUUGCAACCACGCCGCAGAGAGUUGCAUUCCUACCCGGGAAUUGCGUCAAAUCGCAGAGCUAGUGUUUAUACAAAUACCUCCAGCCAUCAAUUCUCACUGAGCAAUACCCAAAUAUCCGAUAUUGGUUCAGGUAGCUCGUCAAAUGCCAAUACGGUUGGCAAUGAUAAUGACAAGCCCGCUGUCAUGGUGGACAAAGAACACUCUAGUGCUAAUAUCGUAGAGGAUGAAGAUUUAUACGAACUUGAGUAUGAUCAAGACGAGGUUGCCAUGAAUAGCGACAUGGAAGAAGACCGCGAGUUGGAAGACGACGAUAUAUAUUAUGAUAGUGAAGAGGAAGAGGAUGAUUGGAGCCAAUAUGGAGAUGAUGGUGGCGCAGAUGAAGAAGAUGAUCAAGUGGCACGAGAGGCGCUUCAGAGUAUGCUUUCGAAAUAUGGUGCAGAUCCACUCGGAACUUCUGAAUGUCAUUAUUCGAAUUGAUGCACUUAUCAUAUGAAUAUGAAGGCAUAGGAGUAAUUCUAGCACAGCAUCUGAGAUCAUGCAAACCUUACAUCUUCAUCAGUGAAUAGUGUGUAAGUUGUAGAAAGGAUAAAGACCAGCCUUCUUAAUGAAGCUCUCAGAAAACUAUGGCCUUGUUGUGAGCCCAAGAAGAGGGCGAGGUUGCAUGGUGGGGGGCGAGGGGUGGUGAAAAAGGAAAAAUAUACAGC